AGUGUCCGUGUAGUUAGCGUGUGUGAAGCAGUUAGCUUCAGGAAAUCACUUGAGGAAGGCAAUUUUCUGCAACUGUAAAUAAUCUCGGUAACACGGCGUUUAUCUGACGCGGGACUCGCCUCGCUGCGCUUUGUGUCCAGGUUGCAUUGUUUAGCCUCAAGUGCCUCCGUCUGUAGGGAGUGUCGAGGUGACAAACCGGGCCGGAACCAGAACCAGGCCUGGGCGGACUCGAGCAGCUCUCCCGCGAGCUGGUGUGGAGGUUCGGACCUGGCAUGGUGAGCCUGGACCCUGGACCAGCGUGUGUGUAACCAGGCGGCCACGUUUUUCCCGGUGCUUCUACCGGUGGACCGGGCGUAUGUGACGCUGCAGACGGGCGACUCGAAACAUGGGACCUAGCUGUAGCGCUAGCUAACACCCAAGUGAUCAACUCCCCCCCUGAAAUGAGCGCCAGGUUUGGCUUCAUGUAACGGAGCAGGUUAUUUUCUAUGUCGCCUGACAUUUGUUGUCAGUUGCCUCUUGAGCUCUGCUGAGGGGCCUGAUGAAUGUUUGGGGAGCGACUUUAGCCGUGUAGCUGAGCCGUUAGCUUGACUCCGUCGCUCCAAUGAAAGAAUACAAAGUUGUCGUGCUGGGCAGCGGCGGCGUCGGCAAGUCCGCCCUCACCGUGCAGUUUGUCACCGGCACUUUCAUAGAGAAGUAUGACCCGACCAUCGAAGACUUCUACCGUAAGGAGAUCGAGGUGGACUCCUCGCCCUCCGUGUUGGAGAUCCUGGACACUGCGGGCACCGAGCAGUUUGCCUCCAUGAGAGACCUGUACAUCAAGAACGGUCAGGGCUUCAUCCUGGUCUACAGUCUGGUCAACCAGCAGUCCUUCCAGGACAUCAGACCAAUGAGAGACCAAAUAGUGCGAGUGAAGCGCUUCGAAAAGGUGCCGCUGAUUCUGGUUGGAAACAAAGUGGACCUUGAAUCGGAGCGGGAGGUGGCUGGCUCAGAUGGCAGAGCUCUGGCUCAAGAGUGGGGCUGCCCCUUUAUCGAAACCUCUGCCAAGAGCAAGACGAUGGUGGACGAGCUGUUUGCUGAAAUAGUGCGACAGAUGAAUUACUCGACGCUGCCAGAAAAGCAGGAGCAGUGCUGCACGGCCUGUGUGGUGCAGUGAGAUGGAGGUGCUGUUUGUUUGGACCACCACAAGCAUUCUGACGGAAGCGUAGACGACCAGACGUGAGCAGACUGUCCACCCCUGGUGACCGCCGGCCACCGGGCGUCUGGCAGCCAAGAUGUCGGCCACUAUUUUUGAUAUCACAACUGUAAGAAGUUUCUGCUGCAACCUUAACGGCCUUCGUGCUAAAUUCUGGGAUGGACUAGGCGGUAGACGGACCUGGAGUGAGCUGAGACAGCCACCUGUCAAUCUCAGUCUUUUCAUUUUUCUUCUUUUUAGUCAAAAGUAAUAAACAAGAGUGUUUGUGAGGUGGCAGCUUCCUCCGUAAGCUGCUUUAAUCACUAUGAUAUACUUUACUAUGACCUGUAUUAUGUCUCAAGUUUGGAAUUUGAUAAGUAUUUCAUAUAACUGAAGCGUUUUUAUUUUCAAGCAUGCAUUCUUUAGGAGCUCAUAAGCCGUGAGUUUGUUUCCGUCAGGUUUACUGCUUCUCUUUUUUGUUAUCUUGUCUAGAAGUUUACAUUGAACCCACACGAACCGCAUUUUUAGCACCAGUACGCGUAGACAGGAAGUUUGUGUGGAGCAAACUGUUGUCCUAUAAUAUGUCAGUCGCUGGCAGGAGGAGGCGUCGUAACAUCUGCAUGCGCUAAAUGAAAAAUGUUUUGUCACGUAAACACCGUGAUACCAAGAGCCAUGUAACCUUUUUCAGAAGGAGUUCUGACUCUGCAGUUCAAUCACAAGAACGCAGGUCUUCCAUCGUCAGUCACCCCUCCCCCCCGAUCAGAGGAAGGUUUUCGGAGUGACCGGAAGAAAUCUCUCUGCUUAUGGCUACAUUAUGUGUCGCUUUAAAUCCAGGAGUUGCUGUUUGUUGUCAUGGAAUAACUGCAGUUUUGGCACAGUGAAGCAUAUUUAACAUGCUGUUCUGUAUUUCUUAUAGCAACAUAUUUAUUAAAAGCUAAUGACAAGAGUAGCCAGUUUUAAACAUUUUAAUUUUGUACUAGUUUUGUGACUUUUAUCAUUUUUUUAAGCUGUGAGUUUUAACAGAGCCUUAAAUGAUUUCUGUUGCUGUUCCAGGCUUCUUCAUACUUGUAUCAAGACCAACAACUGUCAUCCUCCGGUAAUAAAACUUUCUGCUUUCAUCAAGGCACAACGUUCAAAGUAUUUUACUUUUUGUGCCGAUUUUGGCCUGUUUUGUAAAGUCCUUGUAGAACUGAACUGAUUAGUUGAUUAUUCAACAUUCAUUUAAAUAAUUGUUCAAGUCGGAAUAUAAAAGAAAA